GGAACUGUUGUUCUUUCGGGGGCGGUGAAUGAGGAUGCAGGGAGCAAGCGCUCACACAGCCAGUAGAACGGGCGCAGGGCGUGUGCACAGCAGGGAAAGGCUGGGCUGUGGCCGGCCUUCAGCAGCUGGCAGAGCUUUACCCUGCCAGCCCUGAAGGGUCACAGCAGGGUGUUUUAGGCAGAUGACCAUGCUCAGAGCACAGGAAUGACAUUACUGGUUGGUCCUGUCUGCCUGCCUUAGCCCAGCUGUCUCAGAGCAUGCACCAGGCAAGCUAACUAUCCAACUGAACGAGGCGUGGGCCCACGCAGGCCCUUCUCAAGGAGCAGAGGAAUUGUCUAGACACUUUGCUCUCAAAUGCCCAGGCCUCAAAGCUUCCAGUUGGUGGAAGAGCAAAGACAGGAGGGCCUCAGUGACCCUGUGGAGCCCUUGCUUCAUCCAAGUCAGUGCCCAGCCAGAGCACGGAGGAGCCCACCUGGGAGGGAGCCGAGGCAUAUGGACUCGAGGGCCUCUGCAUGUGAGUUUGGGGACUCCUGCGGGCGCCUGAGCGAGCACAGCCGCCGGCCGCCGGGGCCAUGGCCAGCACGGCUGUGCAGCUGCUGGGGUUCCUGCUCAGCUUCCUGGGCCUGGUGGGCACGCUGGUCACCACCAUCCUGCCGCACUGGCGCAGGACGGCGCACGUGGGCACCAACAUCCUGACAGCCGUGUCCUACCUGAAGGGGCUGUGGAUGGAGUGCGUGUGGCACAGCACGGGCAUCUACCAGUGCCAGAUCUACCGCUCGCUGCUGGCGCUGCCCCGUGACCUGCAGGCUGCCCGAGCACUCAUGGUAAUCUCCUGCCUGCUGUCGGGCGUGGCCUGCGCCUGCGCUGUGGUGGGCAUGAAGUGCACGCGCUGCGCCAAGGACACCCCCGCCAAGACCACCUUCGCCAUGCUGGGCGGCGCGCUCUUCAUCCUGGCUGGCCUCCUCUGCAUGGUGGCCGUCUCCUGGACCACCAACGACGUGGUGCAGAACUUCUAUAACCCGCUGCUGCCCAGCAGCAUAAAGUUCGAGAUCGGGCAGGCCCUGUACCUCGGCUUCAUCUCUUCGUCCCUGUCGCUCAUUGGUGGCACGUUGCUCUGCCUGUCCUGCCAGGACGAGGUGCCCUCCAGGCCCUACCAGGACCAACCCAGGGCUGCCACCACGGCCACUGCACCUGCCUACCAGCCCCCCGCCGCCUACAAGGACAACCAUGCCCUGUCUGCCACCUCAGCUUCAUACAGCGGGUACAGGCUGAACGACUAUGUGUGAGUCCCCAGGACCUGCCCCUUCCUCAAGUCCCCAAGAUGUGCCAGGACCCGGGCUGCUGACUGACGCAGAGUCCUGGCACAAAUACUUCUGGGUUGCUUUUGUCUCCAAAGGAAUAAUAUGAACACGAGGUAAUGGGCUUAAAACGCAGGGAAGGAGGGAAAUGUAAGAAGGGGAGAAAAGCUCUAUAUAUCAAAGACUGAAAAAAGAAACCCUUUCUGUUUUUGUAUUUAUUAUAUGUAUUUAUGUGGAUGAUUUAAUAUCAGAUGAAUAAAAAGCAACUUAGGAGUUCGGCCAGUGGGGGUUGUGUGCAACACAGGAAUAAAUCUUUUGGAUGUGGUUG